UGGUAAUUUUUCUUUGAUAUGUAUAUGUUUUAGCUUAAAUUUGGGAUCAUACCCAUAUCUUUUUUUUUUUUUUUUAUCCUUUUUAAAUCUUUUGAUCUGUAGCUGAAUACCCAUUAAUUUGGGAAAAGAGAAAAGGGGGAGAGAAAGAGGAGAGAGGAGAGAGGAGAGGGAGAGGUUGCUUUGUGGAUUCAGUCUGGUAAUUUUCUUUUGCUGAUUUUUUUUUUUUUUUAAUCUGAUAUUUGAUUUCAGCAUCUGGGUUUUCGAUACCAAGAUAAAGGUGGGUUCUUUUCAUUGGAAGUUGGAAAUACAGAAAAGCUCCUUUGUUCAUGUGCAAGAAGAGAGGACGUUUUGGAACGAAGAAAAAGGUACACAAGAAGGAAAUCUCAUGGUGGAUCAGAAAUCUAUAGGGUGAUUCGAAAUGGAGUUUUGCGUCUGGGUUUUUCUUCUCUGAUUGGGAGGUGGGUUUUCGCCCCGUAUGGAGAAGAUUCUGCUUUGAAGAAGCAUUGGAUUGCUGCCGUGUGAUAUCUAUUUCGGUGUUGAAGGUUGUUUUUCCCGCUCUCAGUUAUGAUAAAACAGAUACUAGGAAAGCUCCCUCGCAAGCCGUCGAAAUCGGCUGAAAAUCGCGAAUUGGGGGGGAGCACUGCCCCUCCUUUGAACACCUCUAACAAUUCAAGAAGCAGCGGAAGUAGUGAUCCAGCAACUACUCGAUCUGGGUACACAAACAAUCCUGUCCUUCCAGCAGGUUCAAUCGGGUUGAAUCAUGGGAAUAAACCACCCCAAGUUGGGAGUUCAAAGCAGAAUGGAAGUUUGGCCGCAUCUGCCUAUGAAGCACUGCCUAGUUUCAGGGACGUCCCAAACUCAGAGAAGCAAAGCAUGUUUAUUCGGAAAAUGAACUUGUGUUGCGUCGUGUUUGACUUCACUGACCCAACAAAGAACUUGAAAGAAAAGGACAUCAAGAGGCAAACGCUGUUAGAGCUUGUGGAUUACGUGGCAUCAGCUAAUGGGAAAUUCACGGAGAAUGUCAUGCAAGAAAUGACGAAGAUGGUGUCGGUGAAUUUGUUUCGAACGCUCACUUCUCCACCUCGGGAGAAUAAGGUCUUAGAGGCAUUCGAUUUGGAAGAGGAGGAGCCUUCGAUGGACCCUGCAUGGCCGCACUUGCAAAUUGUAUAUGAGUUCCUUCUGAGGUUUGUAGCAUCACCCGAGACGGAUGCUAAGUUGGCAAAAAGGUACAUUGACCAUUCAUUUGUUCUUAGGCUGCUUGAUCUGUUUGAUUCUGAAGACCCUAGAGAGAGGGAGUAUCUGAAAACGAUACUUCACCGCAUCUACGGUAAAUUUAUGGUGCACCGCCCGUUCAUCAGGAAAGCUAUCAAUUACAUCUUCUACCGUUUUAUUUUCGAAACGGAAAAGCACAAUGGGAUUGCAGAGCUGUUAGAGAUUCUGGGAAGUAUAAUCAAUGGGUUUGCUUUGCCAUUGAAAGAAGAGCACAAAUUGUUCCUUGUUCGAGCAUUGAUUCCGCUUCACAAGCCAAAGUGCAUACCCAUGUACCAUCAGCAGUUGGCUUAUUGCAUUGUACAAUUUGUAGAGAAAGACUGCAAGCUUGCUGAUACUGUGAUAAGGGGUUUAUUAAAGUACUGGCCAGUUACGAAUACUUCGAAGGAAGUCUUGUUCUUAGGGGAGCUGGAGGAAGUUUUGGAGGCGACACAACCGGCAGAGUUCCAGCGGUGUAUGGUGCCCUUGUUUCGCCAGAUAGCCCGUUGCUUGAGUAGUUCACACUUUCAGGUGGCAGAGAGGGCUUUGUUCUUAUGGAACAAUGAUCACAUUGAGGGCUUGAUCAAACAAAACCGGAAGGUGAUAUUGCCUAUCAUCUUCCCUGCUCUGGAGAGAAACACAAGGAACCAUUGGAACCAGGCUGUCCAGAGCCUGACCCUAAACGUCCGCAAGAUUUUCUCCGAUCUUGAUCCUGAGCUGUUCGAGGAGUGCUUACUCAAGUUCCAGGAAGAUGAAGCGAAAGAGAAGGACAUCAAAUUGAAACGAGAAGCCAUAUGGAAGCGCUUGGAAGAUAUUGCCGUUGCAAAAGCAGCAAGCAACGAACCUGUUCUUGUUCCCCGUGUCAUGCCCCAUCAUCCAUCUUCAGGCUAAAGUGAGAGAGAGACAUUACUACGGUAGUAGUUAAAAAGUCUUGAUUUUUUGAUGGGUGCUAAAAUCAUGAAAUGGGUAAUGCCAUUGGGGGGUGGAAUGCUUGUGGAGUACUUUUCAGUGCCGACCGGAUUACUUCUGAUUGUUUUUGGGUUGUCAGGUCCCACAUGUACAGGGAUGAACAAGCCCAUGUUCUCAUCUUAUACACACUACUACUGUAUAUAGGGGUUUUAUGGAAGCAUGCGAUUGAAGACGGCAUGGAGCAAAAAAAAAAAACAAAAUGAAGAAGAAAAAAGAAAUGGGUUUAGACGUUACUGCACUUCAACAAAUUCAUUGAACGGAGUAGGUCGGUUGUGGCUUUUCAGUUGAUAUUUCUGAAGGGUGACAUGAAGCGGAAUUUCACAGGUACCCCUAUCUUUGGUUGGGAUUAGUCCUUGAGUAUUAAUUGAAGUACUUAUUCUUCAUUUAUUAAAUAUGUGUAUGCAUGUACUAAAUCUUGAUUGCUUUUCAUGAAUGAAACCUUUGCUUGCCUGCGA